CGCCUUGCGAAUUCCAAAGUUGGCUGACCGGUUCUCGAACAGUAUCGAUACAUCCAAUGAGGCUACAAUAACCAUGCAGCGGAAUUAGAAUGUUCUCGCAAUAUGCCCGCGUGGAACGUACUAAGUAGGCGUGCUCCGGCUUCUCUGGUCCUUUUUUUUAAUCCCAUAGUUACUUCCCCCCUUGAUGGCGAUAUGGUAGAUCCGCUGAGUGCAGUUGGUCUCCUCGCUUCUAUAAUACAGAUCGCAGAUGGCUUGACGCGCCUAUCGUCCGAGUUCAAGCGAUGUAUUCGCACCGUUCGCUACGCGCCCCAGGAGGUGAAGUGCUUCCAUCGCGAGUUGUCCAAUUUUUCGGCAAGCCUACGUUGGUUUCAUAGGAUAUCAAAAUCGUGUCUAAGAGAGCUGGAGAAGGAGAGAUCACCCAUGAGGAGAGAGAGAGAGCUGCACAUUGCAGGGGUGAUCAAAGAAUGCGAGGUGGUUGAGGAUGGCUUUGGCGCACUUUUGAGCAAAUUCUUGAGAACGUCUGCCACACACGCGCCCCGUAUCACAAGUCCUGUGGAUCGGUUACGGUGGUACUUUCGCAAACCAUCGGUGGUCGGAUUGAGACUAUCUCUUGACAGCGCAAAGUCGACAGUUGAGUUAUUCAUGACACUUUAUACUUUCGAGAGUCUUCACAAAGAGAUCUUUGAGCUCCAAAGUGCUUCAAAAGAGGUAUCUGAAGACCUUAAGCGUCAAUUGCGUUGCGUGCAGCAGCAACUGAAAGAACAAAGAAAGACUAGCGACGAGAGACACAGGCAGUUGAUUGAGCACCUCGACCGAAUGCAGUACUCGGCUCCGAUAUUGAUCCCAGGCAUGCGCUUGAUUCUUGUCGAGACACGUGCGUUAGAACGAAAGGCGACCAGAAGCCUUCGUAAAGAGAAUCAGAAGAUCUGGCAAGGGCUAUCAACGGACGAACGACCACCGAAGUUUCCAAGAAGUAGCUCGUCACCCGGAACAGGGUCUUCGGUACCGGGACGUCAAACACCUCGGCCUUCUCCACCGGCUCCAAAUGGCAACAAUUUUGUCCGUGCACAGUCACUAAGUCCUCAAGACAGCAUAGAGCUGCUUCGAUAUUAUCAAUCGGCGAGGCAAGGACUUCGCAUUCGGCCUCACAAAGCGGAGCACAUCAAAAAAACGAGGACCGUGCAGAUAGAUCCAAUACUUCCAGAGACGUCUAUCAGGUCAAAGAGUCGAAGCCCUUCGGUUGAGCCGCAGGAGGCCCCCACGCCUGGUAUGAAUGAGUCAAUGGUCCAAGAAUACAGUAAUAAGAUCGGGAAAAGCGUUGGAAAAUCGCGAUCAGAAGCCUCUGCGACGUCUACAGCCUCGCCCUACGACCAGGCCUAUAUAGUACGAUCAUCAUUAACUAGCCUAAGAAAGAGAGAGUCACAAGUGGGCUGCGAGAGUCCCGCAUCAAACACAUCAGAGGGUUCUGAGCGACAGGGGAUCGUGAAAACGGAGGUUGAGCUUAUAGAGGGUGGCAAACGGUCUUCAAUCGCAGGACCUAGCCCCUAUAGAGCCUUGCCUCCCUUUCUUCCUGAAGAUUGGAAGGGAGUACGUCGCCGACCGUCUGAAUGAUUCGAGGAGCCGUAAUUUUAGGCCUAUGUCAAAUUGCCCAGGUCAUGGGCCCUUAUGUAUCUAUGCGAACUUAUGAUAAGUCUCUCACAGAUUGUUUGCAUUAAUUAAUUUGUCGAGUGCCCCCUACCUUUGAAGACCGUGGAAAC